CCCGAGCAACAUAUAUAGGUUGACCAACAGCUACCUGGAAAAUAGGACUGUGGGCUAUUACUCAAAUACAAUUAACCUGGAAAAGAGUAUUAACAGAGGCUGCCCGCAGGGUUCCAGAAGUGGCCCAGGACUCUGGAACCUAGUAUAUGAUGGCCUGCUUUGCAGCCUUGACUCAAACCCAGAUAUCAAGGCACAAGGUUUUGCUGACGAUACGCUGAUAAUGAUAGCGCAUCAGAAUAGUAACAUACUACAAAAGAAGGCUAAUGAGGUUCUAGAGCUGGUCAGUAACUGGAGCAAGAAGAACAAACUCCCGAUCAAUUAUAAUAAAAGUGAAGCAAUGGUGUGCGCAAAAAACUCCAGGAGGAAGCAGCUACAGCGCCCAUUGGUCAUUUACCUGGACAAGAAAAAACUAAAAAUUGUGUCUUGCCUUAAAUACCUUGGGGUUUACUUAGACCCAAAGCUAAGUUGGAAGAUCCAUAUCACAGAAAUCUGUAAAAAGGUUCAGCAGAGAGUAAACCUCUUCAACUACAUCUCCAGAAACACCUGGGGACUUGUAGUAAGAACUGUAAAUUAAUCUACAGGGGAGCGAUAGAACCUGCUAUUCUGUAUGCGGCGCAGGUCUGGGGGGACAGAGCGGCAUUAGCCUAUAACAAGAGGAAAUUACUGUCUGUCCAGAGACGUGCUGUUCUGUCUGUGCAGAGACGUGGCCAGAGACGUGCUGUCCAGAGACGUGUCUGUACGACAUAUCGCACGGCCCCCACCGUGCGAUAUGUCGCACAGUGGUUAUAGCUAACAUUAUCCUCAUUCACCUACGCAUUAAAGAGAUCUUCUGGCAGUGGAACAUGAUGACCAUUAGCCAUCAGAAUAUUACCACCGAGGAGAUACGGAAUCUCUGUAGCAAGGAUUUGAUUCCUCCUAAUAGUGCGAACUUGAUUGACUCCAUUAUUAAUUACAAGUUAGACAAUUAUCUUACUGGAAGUACUCUCGGAAGACACCCAGGAGAGACGAGUAGCUAUACCAUUAAUGUCAGGAACAAUCAUUAUAGCAACAGCAGAGCCCACUGGAACAUCUACACAGAUGGCUCACGCAAUGAUAAGGGUACCGGUGCAGCCUUCGUCAUCUAUGAUAGUGAGAAUGAGAUUCAGCAUCAGCAAUAUUACCGGCUGCACAUGCAUUGUACUAAUAACCAGGCAGAACUGCUAGCGGUUUAUAAAGCUCUAAGCACCAUCACUAAAAAUAGGAGGAUCUACGAUGGCAGCAUUUGUAUCAACACAGACAGUAUGUAUGUCAUUAAUGUCCUUUCGAACAAUAAUAAGUGCACAAGAACUGGCAUGGAGGUCAGACAUCUUGCCAGAAACCUCAGCAAAUUUGCUCAACUCAGUUUUACCUGGGUGCCUGGGCAUACGGGUAAUAAAGGCAAUGAGCACGCUGAUGCCCUUGCUAAAAAGGUCACCACAAUGGACAUCACCACCACUUUUUCUAAUAUUCCCAUCGUCCAUAUCAAGAACAACAUCAGGGACUGUAUAAUGGAGGAGUGGCAAAAGGAUUGGGCUACCUCAACCACUGGCAGAACCACCCACAAGUUUCUUCCGUCGAUUAAUAAAAGGCAGGCUCUCAGCUACUUCACCAUUUCUCAUGCCAUCACGCAAUGCUUGACAGGUCAUGGUAACUUCCCCUCUUACCUAACUAGAUUCAAAAGGAUCAAUAAUGAUAGGUGCGGUUGUGAUGGCGUCUCUGAAGGAGACGCCCUCCAUUACAUCUUUCACUGUACGCUGUACGAAAGACAACGAGAAGAACUCACCUACCACUGUCUACGGAAGGGAUUCGGUUGGCCUCCUGAACCCAACAUUCUCUGCGAGGAUCAGGAGAUCUUUGAGCUGUUUGCCAAAUUCAUAAACUCUUGUAGUCGCUUCGAGUAUAAUUCCGGCCUACGUCAAACCUAACCGGUUCUUCAGACUCCAUCUGAAGCAACAUGCAAAGAUCCCUCUGCUAUCUCACUCUGUACUGACAGCCGGUGGGAUCGCCACUCUCGUCACCAGCAUUUUGGUUGGUUGACUGGUGAAUUUGCCCACUGGUCUUCGUUGCCUGCUUCUGUGCAACAGCGGUCUUGCACUCUGUAGGUGUUUCCCAUGGUGUCACGUGUAGCGUCUCUUGUACUGGACAUAGAUUGCACCUGUGACCCACUGUGCUUCGCUCCGAUCAGCAGUCUCGUCACCUUGGUCUUCUGUUAUCGCAACAUUGUCCUUUAUGUAACAUUCUAUCUGUGUAAUACCUGUGUUUUAGUGUACUGUAGUAUUUUUCGGUCGGGAUUACCAGUGGCGACAGACCACUGCCAUGUACUCUUUGUUCUGUAAUUACUAUUGUAACCGUCUAGCCAGAAAGGCAAUCUGUAAGUUGUUUGCACCAUCUACUGUUUUCUUUUGUAAGUGUGAUGCUAAUCAGGAUUGUGAUCCCAAACUCUACCUCCACUUUCUACCUCUUUUUCCCCUCUUCUAUCCCAUUACUCCCAUUCCCCACUCUACCCCUCACUCAUCCCUCUAUUACCUCCCCUUCUCACAUGGCUAAGUCCAACUAGGACAGCUAUCUCAACUUUACUUUCAAGUUCAAGUUGGUCAGGUUGACAACUGGAUGGUCCCAGGGCACAGCUGUGUAAUAAUUUGUGUCGAGAGAUAUGCAUCGUUUAAACGUCAAAGAAACAGAGAAUAUUUUCACUAUGGAGGAUGCCACAAAAUAUGAAAAUCUGGUGGAGAAGCUAUGUGUCCUUGAAUUGGUCAUUUUUAUAAGCUUUUUUGGGUCCCAGAUCAAUAAUUUUGAUUGGUCGAUCCUCCUCACUUCCACUUUCUAAUUGGUCUUUAUACAUCCUGCGAUCUGGGUUCCAAUCUUGUUACACUAGAUAAUGAGUCAACAUUGCUUGUCCAUACAAUCCCAAUCAAAGAUAGUCGAUCUUGGGACUUACAUCAUUCUAUUGUUGUAAUUCGAGAAGUUCACUUUUCUAAGAAUUACUUUUAAACACGUCCUUUUAGGGACAAAUUUUUAUCUUUCUUCUCUUAUCAGUUUUACAAAAUAAAAAUCUUUCCCCUUUUCUAUCUUUUUUUUCAAGGAAAAAAAAAUUUUAUUUAUGAGUAUGGUUCUGGUUCGCUUUCAGAGCCUCACAUACUAUAUUCCAGAAGUGAGUUUUUCAU